AUGGACUUUAACCAAGAUCUAGGAACACCAUCCACCGCCAGUAUCCAGACGCAGCUACUGAUAUACAACUAUUCUUCCGACCCCACUCAGCUGGCCGCUGCAAAGGUUGGGUUAGAAGGACUUCUGGCUGAGACGCUGGUCUCGCUAAUGAAAUUUUGUCUCGCUCGUAAUGAAAAUGCCAGUGAGAGUACAGAAUCUGGUUCUACCAACGUUUGCAAAGUGAAGCUAGUACGUCCACCUGCUGAACAACGUGGCAAUACACCAAUAUUACAGUUUGCAAAUGGAUGCGGCACUAGUCCGGCAUCCAUUUAUGCCGGUGGUAUGCUGAGUGUGCUCGAACAAACCGAGGUCAUGAAGCGUUCUAUGUUGGCAAGCACAGGAGAGAAGAAGGUUCUUGCGAAAAUGCUCGCUGAAAAGGACGCAAAGCUCUUGCAGCUGAAUGAGCAAAUGGGCUUCUUCAAAGAUGCCCUGGCUCAAAGUCGACCUCACGUCGAGAGAUCACAACGAGUUGACGUCCAUUACAAGGAACGCGAGCAUGAAAUUACUCAGGAUCCAGUCGAUGCUGAUCAAGCACAAUCCACCUUAUCGACCGAACAACUAGCACGACUGGCAGCGUUGGAAAAGGAUCGAGUGGAGUCAAUCCUGUCGAUUCAAAAUUUGGAGCAGCAGAGAAAUGAACUAGAGCAGCAGCUAGAAAACGCGACCAUCGAGUUGCAGAGUGCUUUUCAGCGACUAGAGAUCACAGAGAAACAACACCAAGAAACACUGUCUGCAACCGAAAAAUCGCUCCACGAUCAGGUCAAAGCAAUGGAAAAGCACGCAGCAGAUCUCCAGAGCUCAUUAGCAUUAACAAUAGAGCGAUAUCACAGCUUAGAACAGGCUGCCAGUCAGGAAAAGACUCAACUCAGACGUGACAAGCAGGAGCUGGAGCGACUUAUCCGUCUGAAAGAAGACGAGGUUAGUCAGCGACAAGCAAAAGCUACUGCGAAAGCGGAGGCCGAAGCUCAGUCCGCUCAGACACAACUGAACCUUGUCACUAAACAGCUCAACCAGGCACAGCAAGUGCUAGAUACUUUUCGCCUUGACCUCAAAGCAGCACAGACAGACAACAAACAGGUUCAAGGCACAAUACGCGACCUCCAUCACGACUUGAAAGUCCGAAACGAAGACGUCGAAAGGCUAAGCUCGAAACUUACUGCAUCGAAUACAAACGCAGAGAACAAGACGCGGUUAUUACAGCAAACUGAAGCUCGGAUUGAAGCGAGUUCCAAGGAGAUUGAGCGACAACAGACACUGCUAGAAGACCAAGCACACCAAAUACAUGAGCUGGAAGCCAAACUCAGUCGGUCGGUCCCAGUUGACGAUGAAGAACUGCAGAAUCGCCAACAACGUGAAGAGAGCGCGUGGCAUCAGCGGGUUUCUGCCUUGGAACAUGCUCUGGUGGCUGAGAGACAACAAACGGCGCUAUUCCGAGAACAGCAGCGCAAAGCACUUCUAAUGGAGCAAGAGAAGGCAACGCAUGCUGUCGAGCAAGCUCAGGCAGUAGCUGCAGAGCUUGCCACCGCCAAUCUGUGCUUGCUGGAGCGAAAACGUCAGCGUGAGCAGGAGCAAAAAGCUUUUGAAGAAAAGCUGACGGAGUACGGGGAUCGGAUAGCAGACCUUUCAUCCGACAAAGGUUCUUUAGAACGCGAAUUGGGGACGUUGCGAACUCAGUAUCAACAGCUCCAGCAACUGAAAGAGAAAAGUGAGAACGAGUCUGCUGUCAAUGAGAAGACGCUGCAGGAAGAAGUAGUAGCAGUGAAAGAAGAGCUGAAGAACCUGACGGAGAUUCGCGAGAAUUUGGACCGAGAGCUAGCUUACGCUUUGGCUACACCAAGAGGGAAGUCAGCACGCCACCAUGCAAACAUAUCGGAGCUCCGUGUCGAGCUGCAGAAAGCAAAACAGAAGAUCGCUGCAUUGGAAGAACAGCUUUCUCACAACGGGAGUAUCCGCACGAGUGAAAUCGAUGGGAAACUCGCUCAACUGAGCGCGAGAGAGAGACGUGUUGCUGAAGAGCAGAGAGGUUUGAAGAAGCAACGAGUGACAGCGAGUGCUGAGCGUGCGCAGCUUGAAAAAGAGCGGGCAGAACUUGAUCAACAGCGCGAGUCAGUAGAAUGCAGGCAAAAGACGCAUCAUACGCUCCUCCAACAGGUCAUCGUGCUGUUGGCUCAGCGUCUGCAGGUGAUGAUGGCGUUGUUUGAUACAGAACUUACAACAGCGCCCAAUGCUGUAGCUAAGCCUGCGUCCGAGGAUAUCGAGAGUUGGCGAGAAAUGCAGCAACAAUGGGAAAGCCUGCGUCAGGAGCUGCAGAAUAUUGACUGGAAGUUGGAGGAAAUGUGCAGACAACUUGAGGCUCUGUAUCUCGAGUACAUUGGGACCUCGUUGGUUCCUGUUGGUGAAGGCCAUUCGUCUCGGUCGUUGUUGUCAGGAUUCCACGGUCCCAACCCGUUCUCGGACGCCGUGGCUGCUGGUCGCGACACUGUCCCUGUGGCCGAGCAGCUGAAAGCGAACCGCCUGCUUCGACGUUUAUUGUGUCACGAUGAAAGUCUCGAGAACCGAGUUUGUCAAGUGAAAGCUGAAGACCACGAGACGUUUGCAUUGGCACUGGCCAGGGAAAUGGCGGCAAUGAAAGGAGGUUACGAGCGACAGUUGGAGGAUCUGCGUGGCGAGCUCCGUAAGACGCAGCAGCGUCGGCAGCUGACAAGCCAGCGAUUGCGUGCCGAGCUGGCGAACGAGCGCAGUCGCAGCCAGCAAACUAUAGCACAACUCCGAGAGCGUAUUUCCGAACUGGAGGCAGCACUGAGGGAUCAGGACAAGGCAUGGAUAGCUGCUCAUACGCAGCAGCAGGCGAUCCUCGAUCAGUACGAGGCUGCCACUAGUGACGGCGAGCGCCAACGUGCGCUGCAGGAGCUGGCGAAGCUCGUGGGCAGCGAGCAGCGUCGUCGCGAGCGUGAGAGGCUGUCCAAGCUGUUAGCAUAUUGUGGGGCGUCGUCCGUGACUGUGGAGCACCGCGACCGCGCGCUUGAGGAGGAGACAGUGGACGCGGUCUUGGCGGCGCUCGAAGUGGAUGUUGAAGAGUGACGUUGAAGACGUUAUGCAAUAAGGAUUUGUAGCCUUCGAGAAUGAGAUGGGUGAAUUAGUGAUGGUUUACUCAUUCUAAGUAACUUCCAUCGCAGAAAGUGAUACCCUAUUCAACGUGAUUGGAAAAAAUACCUUGACGAGAUCGAUUGCUAAGUCGCACAUAAUCGGGAAUAAGUUCGUUGCUA